CCCACUCCUCCUCGUUUGUAGGAGGAAAGGUCUCGAGCCAUUGGACGUCCCUGCAGUGUUGAAGGAAAGACACGAGGAUUUGCUUGUUAAGUAUAAACAGGUAGGAAAAAUAUCGCCCCAGCCAAGGCUGAUAGGAUUAAACGGAUUUGUGAGCGGUGCUAUUUAAGCAAUAAAGACAGCUGCAGGUUGAAAGCUGUUACAGGUGUUUAGAAAGCGAACGAAGGGACAGGACUCUCAGCAGAGGUUCAAAGCAUCAGCAGAGCUCUACAGCAGCGUGUAGUGCAUCCGGCAGAGGAUGCAGCUGGUUGUCAUGGCAGCAGUGCUGGCGCUGGCGGGGGCGGAGCAAGACUGCAGCUCCGGCUGUCGCCCAAAGAACAUCAGCCUCCCUGUGGACACCUGCGGCACCACCGAGUUCGUCGACACCACCAUUUGUGAAGGACAGUGUUUCCAAAAGGAUCCCAACUUUGUUCAUACUGACGACUGGCCCAAACAGAAAACCUGCAACGGAGAGUGGUCCUACGAGGUGAAGUACACAGAGCAAUGUCCACGGGGUUUCAUCUACCCUGUGGCCAGGAAGUGUGAGUGCACUGCAUGCAAUGCAAACACAGACUGCGGGACCUUGCCUGGAUACAUACCCAGCUGUUAGCCCUUUUAAAGAACCCCAGUAUUCAUCCUGCGCUUAACAGUUAUCUUCUUUGCACCUCUUCCCUCUGAAAUAAACCAGUGAUACAAGCCUUUCUGUUUCAAUCUGUUUUAUUACAAUUUUUUAUAAAUGCAACCCCUCCUUAAAAGUUCUUCUCUUUAUACGUGUAGGUAUCAA